CUUAUCGUCGUUGGCGCGGGCAUAGCUGAUAUUACUGCUUUCAUAUUGAUAUAUAGGAAAGUCAAGAACUUGUCUUAUACUGUGUACGAACAACGAGGCACUGUAGGCGAUACAUGGGCGCAGAAUCGCUAUCUUGGAGUCAGGUGUGAUAUCCUAUCAGAUAGCUACAGUAUGCAAGUAUUCAGAAUUGACAUUUGGUCUGCACCCUCGCUGGCCGGAGUACUACUCCCCUGGAUGAGAAAUCCGAGAAUACACUUGUCAAGGAGUAUGGAGUCGAUGAGAAUCUUCGUCCCAAGCACCAAUUUCUAUCCUCCAGGCAAAUGGUCUGACAUUAUACACCAAUGGGAGGUUAUGAUCAGAGAUCUCGCCACAGGAGAUAUUUUCACCGAUACGUCCCACUUUUUCGUCGAGGCGGCCGGAAGACUGAACGUCCCCAACUUUCCCGGACAUCCCAGGGUUUGAGUGGGAGUACAAGGGAGUUCUCGUUCACACCUCUCAGUAGAGUGAGUACCUCACUCGACGCUUCGGGGGGAAGCGUAUGCUAUCAUAGGCAACGCCACCAGUGGCCAGCAAUUCCUUGUCAACACAUCGGACAAGGUUGCGCAUGUUGAUCACUAUGUGAGGUCGCGGCAAUGGAUCGCCUUUGCUUUCUCACCGGAC